AUGACUUCAGCAGAAGAAUCCGGCACCAGCUCUUGGUACCGGGUGCCGACGUGGUCGGGCAACCCGGCGGAAUGGCGACAGUUCCGCCGGGAGAUGAACUGGUGGAUGGCUUCGCUGGAUGAAGAAUCCUGCAAGAAGUUCAAUGUUGCCGCCCGAUGGGCACUUAGACAAUAUGGUGUGGUCAGGGCUCGUUGUGAAGAAUUCGAUCCCCAGGAUCUUGAAGGGACCAAGGAAGAAGCCAUGACCGAUCCUGACACCGGCGACAAAGUGAUUCGGCUCAAGCGGGAAGGCAUAGUGAUGCCGGAGGAGGAGUUAGGCUGGAUGUUGAAAGAACGUUUGGGACUGGAUGCAAUCAGGAAGCAGUUGCUGGAGACAGCAUUGGCAGGUCGGGAGAACUAUGAUGUGGUCGAAUCAGAAUGCCUUCGUCUGUUUCGAGAUUUGCACUCCUCCGACCCUUUGAACAAGAGCAGACCUUUUGAUAAGGCACCACUACUCCAGCGUUUCCUACAGUCCCAUGACAGACACAGCUCCUCUUCGUCCUACAGGCCUUCGACUACAGCCAGCUCGACGGCUCCCUCUUCUCGCUCCUUCCGGACUCAGAGCUCUGGUUCCAGCCGGCCACCUUUCAAGCGUUUUGGCCAGCAGCCUCAACCUCGACAAGCCUUGAUUGCCGAGGGUUACUCUCCUGAGAACCUGACGAUCGAAGAAGUCCUCCAGACCGAAGCUGAGCUUCUUGCCCAAGAGCUGCAGGAGCUCGAGACUGAAGGUUGCGACCCUCGAGUGCUUGAAGAUUUGGAGAGCGGCAUGGAACAGGCCGCAGAGAGUCUGUUGACAAUGCGUGAAGCACGCACCAAAAUAGCUGAGGUCAAGAAAGACCGUGGAUAUGGAAAGCCUGGCCAACCGGCUCCUCGUUCGACGAAGCCCCAUGGCAAUCAAGCCCCUGGUGCUGGCCUGGCUCGACCCAAAGGAAAGCCUAAGAGCCAGAUGACGAAGCAGGUCCGUGUCACCGAGACCCUGAACACUGAACAUGUGGCUCCUGAAGAACCUGAUGACAUGGGCCACGAGGUCAUGACAGUGGCCGCCGGCGAUUCAUGGGAUCGCCCAUUGUUCGAAGUCCUCAUGCAGCACCAUACCGACCCCAAGAACACUCCACGUCUCGCACAAGACAAAAGAUUCGUUGGAGCUUUGGAUAGUGCUUGCAAUAGAACAUGUGCAGGUUCCUCAUGGUUGGCCUUCUACCUCCAAGCCCUCGAACGUGCUCCUUCCUAUAUCCAGAACCUCAUCAUCACCACCCCCGAGAAUGAGUUGUUCAGGUUUGGAAAUGGUGGUACCCAAAGAAGCACCGUGAGGUACAGACUCCCUAUGGCCCUGGGUUCGACUUUGGUUUUGGUGUGGGUGUCAAUAGUGCCAGUGCCAUCGUUGGGACUCCUUUUGGGAAGAGACUUUUUGAGCGCUAUCGGUGCGGUCCUUUCGUUCGGCCGCAAGCUACUGAGAGCUGACUUGGUGGGUGGCGAACUUUUGGAGUUGGGUCAGCUGGCCGCAGGCCACUUCGCCCUUCCACUCCAGCCACGCCAAUGGCCUCGUCCGGACUCCCAACGCUGGCGGAAACUUGGACAAGACGGCAUAGUUGAACUUCAGUUGAACAGUUUUGAUUUUUGGAAGAAACAGUUGCAAUUGAAGAUGAGUCAUUUUGAAGUGCCUUUUGAGUCAACCUCCGAAGCACCGCAUGAGCACCUUGUGACAGAGCAUGCGAUCCUUGCUGCGACAUCGGCCGGGGCUCAAGCUAUGAAGGAUCUGUGGAUCGUAAUGGAAGCGGCCCAGCACUUCGACCUGACCGAGAACGACUACACGAAGGUGGUGCUGCGCUGGCGGCGAAUGCUUCUCCGCCUUCGCGCAACGGCCGCUUGGCACGCACAUGGCUUGCUCUUAUGGCUGUUGCCUCGUCCGCAGCUGCGGUACGCGCCCUUUCCGUACCCCAGCAUCAGCCAUACCAGACAUUGGCAAGAACAAGCCGAAUCUAUGACCCUCCAGAAGCCAAAGGCAUUGAUGGUCAAGCACUGGCAGCGAGCUCGAACCCAAGAACCGUCAGUGUACACGACCAAGAACCUCCUGGACUUGGGACAAUUCAGGAACCGUGCUGGCCUCAACUUCGCCUUCAUGGAGGACAACAUGUUGCAAGGAAUGCUUGCGGCACGCGCCAGCAAAGGCCUGACGGCCCAAUUGAAGCGGGAUGCCAUUCAGGAAGCCCAACUCGAAGCCGAGGCCGCUACCAAGCGUGGAGAGAAGCACGGCAUGGUGCGCUCCCUCAUCGGCCCAAAGGGAGGCCUGCCAACGUUGAAGGCAGACCUGGUGAAACUGGCUUCACUCCUGAACAUCCCCGUCCAGACUGGAAUGACUGUGGAAGAUCUCAAGAAAGCUUGCCGCCCCUUGGUUGCCGAGAUCGCUCAAAAGCCAACUCCCUCGAAGGCAAGUGGAUCUACCAGUUCAACGGAAAGACAUGUCCCCGAGACGUCAAUGGCGAGACCUUCUCAAGCGCCCGAGACAAUUGGCGCAAAGGCCAAGGCAUCUCAUGGAGUGACCGCUCAAGAGCUACAGGAAGUCCUCACCAUGCAGGACCACAAGUUCCAAGGGAUGCUGAACCAAGUGCUCCAGAGCAUUUCGACCCUGCACCAAGCAUCGCACCUGCCAGGACCUAUGACUUCCGGUCCGAUGGAAACCGAAGCAACCAUGGACUUCGGCUGGACCCAAGACGAGAUUCAACAGAUGAACCGCGACUACUACCAGGACGACUUGGAGUGGCGCCAGGAAGUGAAUGAAGUCUAUGAGGAGCAGUGGCAUCGAGCGAUGAACCACUUCCAGAACGAGAUCUUUGUCACCACCCUCACCGUUGGCGAUGAGAAGUCUUUUCAGUCCCAUGCCAUGUCUGAGAAUAGGUUGAUUUCAAAGAACCCCGACCUUGUUGAGAAUGACCGUUUCCCCAAGACCUUUGUCACUGAGGUCUACACAAACACGGAGCGAGUUGCGCAGACGGCUCGCAAACGAGGACAUCGAGUGGGAGCCUCAAUGAGCUUGGAAUCAGGAUGGAACUUUCUCCGUCCACUGGAUCGCAAAGCUGCCAGAGCCGUCCUGAAGCGUGAAAGUCCUUUCUUUUUGGUGCUGGCAUUUCCUUGUUCAUUUUGGAGUGUGUUACUCAACCUCAACCCUCCGAAGAAUGACACCAAGAUGUAUGAGGAAGCGAUCACCCUCUUGCAGUUCGCCCUCCAAUUGGCCAAGGACCAGAAGAGUCGUGGUUGUCACUUUGUUUUGGAGAACCCUCAAUCCUCUAGAGCAUGGACCCUGGAAGAGAUGCAAAGAGCCUUGGAGCAACUUGAGGCCCGUUGUGUAGUCUUCCACCAAUGCCGAUUCCGCUUGAAGAACCAGGCCCUGGUGGUUGGAAUGGAAAAGCAAUUUGAAGCUGACUUCAAAAGACCACACAACAUCCUUGCCAUCGAAGACGGUGAGGAGGCUGAAGAUGAGACCGCCCUGCCGAUUGACAUGAACCUGAGUGACUCUGAUCAGGAGUCCACUGAAGCUGAGGCAGUAAGCGCCUACAACUCGGACAUCAACGACGCUGGUGUCUCUCCUAUGCAAGCUGCCUUUGGAAAGCAACCCCGGAUGCACGGAGAUUGCCUUGGUGAUUUUGGUCGCCGCUUGAGUGAGCAUGGACUCAUCGACUCCCGGCCAAGUUUGGCCAGACAAGUUGCCAUGCGAGAGACUGCUCGCUUGGCGAUGGUACGCCUUCAUUUUUCCAAAGGUACAUCUCCAUUUCCUGAAGCUGUACGAGCUGCCUUUGAACAGAGACGGCAGAGCGUUUCCAGUGCCGCCCCAAGUGCUAGCGGCGAGUCACAAGCUUCCAAGAGGCCUGCUGAACUGGAUGCUGAGCGCUUGCGUGAAGAAGCUCUUCAACCAGACCCUGUUGCUCCAACUCCGGCUCAACCUCCAGAUGAAGUUCCUGAUGAAGCUUCCGAAGCCCUGAGAGUGACUCAUGAAGUGAUGGAAAUGGAAGCCUAUGCCAAUGUACAUCCGCUCCGUCAGAUCCAGAUCAUGGCGGAACAGGAUCGUCUAAAUCCCUUGGAAGCCAGAGUCCGAGACCAUGGGACAUGGCGUGGCAAUUGGCCUCUUCCCUCGAGGACAGAAUUCAAACGACGGCAAAUGCUGAAACAACUUUGGCCCCUUGGCAAUGAUGAUGCUGCUCAGGAAGUGCUUGCAGUGCUCACUGCUCGUAAGGAGCAUGUAUGGAGUCACAUGUCGGACUUUGAGAAAAAGGAGUUCCGUGAAGCAGCAGCCAAAGGAUGGUCAGUAUGGGUUGAAAAUGAAGCCAUCGAACCUCUUCCAGAUGCCGAAGCUGCCCGCAUUAGGCAGAAGUUGAAGACAGAAGGUGAAAGCCACCGCAUCUUGGUUCCUCGCUUCGUCUAUGUGGACAAGAAUGACGGACUGAGGACGGCAGACCGGGACCUUCCACUCAAGGCUAACGCCAGGCUGGUCGUCCCCGGAUACCAAGACAUUAGUGCAUAUGGCCUUCGCUGUGAUGCUCCAACAGCGUCGAGAACUUCUCAGCAUCUUUUGCUGACCUUUGCCGCCAGUAUGAAGUGGAAGCUGGCAAGUGCUGACAUCAAGUCGGCAUUCAUGAAAGGUGAAGAGUUUGGCCCCAAUGAACGCAUCCUCUACCUCGCCAACGUGAAGACCAGAGCACCUGAUGAGCCACGCCUACCAUUCUCUGAAGCAGGCUUAUGCCGUGUGAAAAAGGGAGUAUUUGGCUUAGCUGACAGCCCUCGUCGUUGGUAUAAGAGGUUAUGCAAGUCAGUACAACACCAUGGUUGGCAACUUUCAGCUCUGGAUUCGGCCAUGUGGUUCCUGUGGGAAGGCUCCAAAUUGGAAGGCAUCCUCAUCUCCCACGUGGAUGACUUGCUACUGGCCGGAGGCCCUCGUGCGCACCACACCUUGCAAUUGCUGGGUGCCGAACUUGGGUUUGGUUCCACCUCCACCGGAACCAUAACCUAUUGUGGAAAGAAGAUUGAGCAAGCUGAAGAUUUUUCAGUGAAAGUUUCCAUGGAAGAGUACCAUAGCAAUCUUCAGCAGCCAUUUGACCUUAGCACGGAUUCCGUGCCCCUGUUGGUUGUCACCGACGCCAAGGAUGCAUUCGACAAAUCCUGCUCAGAAACGCCGAGCUAUGGCAGCCAAAAGAGUUUAGCUUUCACCAUAAGCUGGAUUCGUUCAAUGCUGGCUCGAUGCAACAUGAGCAUGCGUUGGACAGCAACAGAGAACAUGAUCGUAGACUGCGGCACUAAGGAGCUUGACCCUCAACACCUUCACAAGAUCCUGAGAGAUUGCAAGUGGUGUGUACAGUUUUCCUCCCAGUACGUCAAACAGACGUCCAAAAGUAAGAAGCCCAUGGCUAACUCACAACAGACCGGAAGGGUGGUGAGAAGUGACAUGGGAGUCCCUUUUGAAAGCUCCUCCCCGUUGUUUGGCCAUGUGAUGAAGCUCUCACAGAGCUCAGGUUGGCAUGUUUUGAAUGAAGAUUUGGCCGUCAACGUGUGCCGUCAGGCUCGUUCGUACAGGACCCCAGAGCCACGCUGUUCAAGAACGACACAUGCGUUUCGUUCCACUUUUGCCCGCUUUGACAGCGAACAUAGUGUGAUUUGGCGACAGUUGGAAGACUCUGUCGACAUGCGAGAGCUCCAGAAUCCUCGAUCGAUGCUUGAGGAGCCUGUUGCUUUGCUCGUGACCGUGUUCAGCCGUUGCCCAACCCCUCAAAUGCCACAAGAGAAGGGGAUGAACUGUGAAAGUUGA